AUGGAUUCCCCAGACGCACCGCGUGAACAACGUCCUUUGAUUGCAAAUCCGGCUCUGGAAGGCACAGACAAGACAAGGAAGACGCUCAAAGAACCCAUUGUUCGAGAAACGACGAGUCGCGGCAACUCGAUCUACGAGCCAUUGCAGAACCCGGAUGACGGCAACUCAGCGACGGCCCGUAGCGACAGCGGCAAGGGCAGUGAUGCCGCACAUGAUUUCCAGAAGGUCAGCUGGACGCCGUUCGUGAUCCUAACUGAUAUCUGUGCGGUUGUACUCCCGGUUGGGUUUCUUAUCUUUGCCUUCUUGGUGUUGAGCAUCAAUGGGCAGGAGACAGACGAGGCCUCUGCUGGACAAUAUCGCAAUGCAGUCACCAUUCUUGCUACCCUCUUUCCCAUAAUAUUCGCGGCUAUCAUAGGCCGUCUCAUGUCCCAAAUCGCCCGUUGGAAACUCGAAAGGGGCGCCACCAUGGAAGCGUUGGAGCAAUUGAUGGGAAGCCGGACUGUUGGUGGCACGCUAUUGAUUCAUAUCCAGCUUCGGGCCGUCAACCUCCUGAUGCUAUCACUCAUUCUGAUAUGGAUCUUCUCGCCUCUGGGCGGCCAAUCCGUCUUGCGCAUGCUCGAAACCCGACCUCGAAGCGUGGUUACUCCUUCAAGUGUCGUCUAUUUCGACACUGAUGCCCGGUCCCAGUUUGCAUCCUGGUCAGAUGCUUCGCCGACGAGCUACGCGUAUAACAUCAAUCGGAUGUCCAUUGUUAAUGCCAUGUACAAUGCUCUGAUUCUCAGUCCCGAUGCCGUAAAGAGGGAUUCCAUGGAUGUCUGGGGAAACGUCAAGAUUCCGGCGCUAUCGUCGUACGGUAAUUUUGAGACAACAGAAUGGCAAGACGUUCCAGCAGAUAAAGAGAAGCUAGAGUUUUCAUCUCUCGUCGGCGUUCCCAUCACGCACGUCGCUGAGGGAAACACAACCACCUUGCUGGAAUCGAGCUACAUGCACUUCGCAUGUGACAAUAUCAGCGUUUCAGCGUUCUCGUACGAUACCCAAUCCGGCCCUUCGUUCGCCACAGCCGUCAUAUUCAACGAAACUUCGCUCUGUAUGUCCGACCGCUGCAGAAUCGUCGCCAACGGGACCUGGCAGGGUUGGAACCUCAACCAGACAACCUCCUCAGACGGCAUGUCAGGAUGGAACCUCGCGCUUGACAACUUUGUAGAUGCGCAGUGGAAUGACCACGACUGGUACAGCAAGCGCGGGCUCAGGGUCGAGGAUGCUAACCGCCCCAAUAUCAGGCCUCGCCAGUCAGGCCUCGUUGGUUAA